AUGGAACAGUUCCAAGAACUCAACAAAGCCUUUGACCAUCAAGACAAGAUUCUGGAAAUCAUCUUGAACAUCACAAUGCCUCAAAUCUUCAACUAUCUCGCCAUUGGAGCUCUGGCAGCUUGCGCUGUGGCCACUCCCGUUGCUGAGCCUGCCAUCACGGCCGCUCCCAGCCUUGAGAAGCGUGCUACCUGUACCUUCUCAGGCUCCAAGGGUGCUUCUUCUGCCAGCGCCUCGCAGAAGUCCUGCGCUACUAUUGUCCUCUCCGACGUGGCCGUUCCCUCUGGAGUCGCAUUGGAUCUCAGCAGCCUGAACGAUGGAACUCACGUCAUCUUCGAAGGCACCACUACUUGGGGCUACAAGGAGUGGGAUGGUCCUAUGCUCCAGAUCAAGGGCAAGGAUAUCACCGUCACCGGUGCCAGCGGCGCUAAGCUCAACGCUGACGGAGCUCGCUGGUGGGACGGCGAGGGAAGCAAUGGUGGCAAGACUAAGCCUAAGUUCUUCGCCGCUCACAGCCUGACUGGCUCGUCCAGUAUCAACAACCUCUACAUUGAGAACACUCCCGUCCAGGCCGUUAGCAUCAACGGCUGCGAUGGUUUGACUAUCACCGACAUGACCAUCGACAACAAGGCUGGUGACAGCGCUGGUGGUCACAACACUGACGGUUUCGAUAUCGGCUCUAGCAGCAACGUUGUUAUCAAGGGUGCUACCGUGUACAACCAAGACGACUGUGUUGCCGUCAACUCGGGAACUGACAUCACCUUCAGCGGCGGUUACUGCUCUGGGGGUCACGGUCUGUCCAUUGGCAGCGUGGGAGGCCGUUCAGACAACACCGUCGAUACUGUCACCUUCAAGGACUCUACGGUCACCAAGUCUGACAACGGUAUCCGUAUCAAGGCUACCGAGGGUACCACCGGUACCAUCAAGGGCGUUACUUACUCUGGCAUCACCCUUUCCUCCAUUGCCAAGUACGGUAUCCUGAUUGAGCAGAACUACAAGGGCGGCGACCUGAAGGGUGACCCUACCAGCGGUGUCCCCAUCACCGACCUCACUAUCUCUAGCAUUUCCGGCUCUGGCGCCGUCGCCUCCAGCGGUUAUGACAUUGCUAUUGUCUGUGGCAGCAGCGGCUGCUCCGACUGGAUCUGGAGCAACGUCAAGGUCACCGGUGGUAAGACCUAUGGCAGCUGCCAGAACGUUCCCAGCGUUGCUAGCUGCUAG